AUGAGCGUCCGCCCCUCAGUAUUGCACACGACCACAUAUGGCUCGCUUCAUACAUGGAUCGAAGAUCCGUCCGGCCUGGUAGAUCUCUCCCCAAAUUCUUCGCGAGGCCUUGAAUUCGCUGUCCUUGGAGAUCGUAGGGUUAGAGUAGAUCCAGGCAAAACCGCAUUGGUGAUAGUGGAUAUGCAAAAUUACUUUCUACACCCGGAGCUUCGAGACCAUCCCACAGGGUUGGAGUGCGUGAAACCGUUAGGGGAAGUACUACCCGUACUUAGAAAGGCCGGUGUCCAUAUCAUUUGGCUAAAUUGGGGCCUGGAAGAAUCAGAUCUAGCUCUGAUUCCUCCUUGCAUCUCUCGCUGUUUCUCGAAGCCUAAACUAGGAAAAUGGAUAGAUCCACCAGGACUUGGAGCGGACCUUGGCCCGAAAUACGGCAGAAUACUGAUGAAAGGAGAAUGGAAUACGAGGUUGUACGAAGGUUUAGAGUAUGAGGCUCAAGACUCGUGGGUAAACAAGACACGUAUGUCAGGCUUUCAAGGAUCUUCUGACUCCGAGUUGGAGAGAAAGUUGAAAGAGAUGGGGAUUAGGACGUUGCUAUUUGCCGGCGUCAACGCCGAUCAAUGUGUGUUAGGAACAGUGACGGAAGCAUUCAGUCGUGGAUAUGACGCUGUAGUCAUAGAAGAUUUGGUGGCUACUACAUCGCCAGAUGGCGGAAAGAGCAAUCUUGUAUUCAAUGCCCUCCAUUGCUAUGGCUUUGUGACAACCAGCCAGCACCUUCUUUCCGUUAAAUAA